UAGCAACUAGCGACUGCCACUUUGAUUCUCUCGCACUGUCUUGUGUUGUGUUGCGUCAUGGCAUUAACUGCCUUUACUCCAAUCAAUAUAACUCGUCAUAGCUCUUUCGUCUUUCUACCGAAACAACACAAACAGCACCUUAGAAUCCACACGUUUCGAUGCAGUGGAACUAAUCCAAACAAAGAGUCACAACCACAGAACAAUGCACUUCUCAAGCUUGCAUGGUAUAGUUCCGAGCUUCUUGGCAUUGCUGCCUCCGUUUUCCGUUCACCGUCUGAUCAGGAAGCUCCUCCUCAGAGGCUUCUCCAGACCGUUGAUCGUGCCGCGGUUGUGGACACUAUCAAACAAGACUUUCAAAGAUCCUAUUUUGUCACAGGGGAUCUGACAUUAAAUGCUUAUGAAGAGGAUUGUGAAUUUGCCGACCCAGCAGGCUCAUUUAAAGGGCUUCAGCGUUUCAAAAGGAACUGCACUAAUUUUGGAUCCCUUUUGGAGAAGUCAAACAUGCAGCUUAUGAAGUGGGAGGAUUUUGAAGAUAAAGGAAUUGGACACUGGCGAUUCAGUUGUAUCUUGUCCUUUCCUUGGAGGCCCAUUCUUUCUGCAACUGGAUACACAGAAUAUUAUUUUGAUGUACAAUCUGGAAAAGUAUGCAGGCAUGUGGAGCACUGGAAAGUUCCCAAAAUGGCUUUGUUCAAGCAAAUUCUAAGACCUAGUCGUGGAUUUGGCUUAAAAGAUUAUGUGAAUAGGUGGUUGAAAGCUGUGCAAAUGAAGCAUUAAAUUACAUAGCUCUGUGACGGUUUUGAAAUAUUGGAUGCUUGAUGUACCUGAUGAACAUCUCGUGCUGCAAAUUACUUGGACAAAGCAUGGAUUUGGAUAUUCCUUGUAUUUUUUUUUUUUGGACCAGUAAGGGUAAAGAAACAGAACAAAUAUAACUUGCAAUACUUUUUUAUUUUGUUUGUAUUUUUGUCAGUGCAAAACACAAUAUAGUCAAUACUUAAUGAUAGUUCAUGACUUCAUCUUUGUUCUUCA